AUGGCAAACCAUUCAUGGUCAAACGGUGAUAUGAAUCACCAAAACACCCCCUUCAGCAACUCCACGACGUCGCCGGAAAGCUCAGAUACGAAACAACUCUCAGGUAUCGCCAUGAACUGGAGCUCUGAAGAACAAGCCAUUCUCGAAGAAGGUCUUGUUAGGUAUGCGGCAACGGAACCGAGUCUUACACGUUACGCGAAAAUUGCGUCAGAGCUUCAGCACAAGACCGUUAGAGACGUUGCUAUGCGUUGCAGAUGGAUACAUAAGAAGGAUAGUAACAAGAGAAGAAAAGAAGAUCAUAAUGGGUUCGGAAGAGCCAGUGUUGACAACAAGGAGAUUAUAGACAUGGCGGUGGAUUCAAACUCAGCUCCACAUCUUAGGGAAGAAGAUAGGAUCAUCAUGGAGCUUCUUAAACAGAAUGAGCUAUUCCUCAAUCAGAUCUAUUCGAACCUCACAUCCUCCUCAAGGUUAACAGAGAACAUAACACUCUUCCACAAAACCCGCGAAAACAUCAACAACCUUCUCAAAAAUUUGCAGGAGAAUGCGCCAGAGGCGAUGAAGCGUAUGCCAUGGCCAGAGAAACUGAGCGUUGAUCAUGAUGAGCUACUUGAUUCAAUGCUUCCUCUCUCAACUUCACCAAAGCAGCAACCAUGGCUAGAGAAUCUGAGCACUGAUCAUGAUGAUGAUCAGCUACUUGGUUCAAUCUUUCUUUCCUCAACUUCACCAAAGCAACCAUGA